UCGAUUUCGAUCCAAACCAAACGUCAUUUGACCAUCGUGCGCUGAGGUUGCUUUGUCUUACGUGCUAAAAACUAAUCGUUCUGUCGUUGUUUCUGGAACUUUAGCAGUAAUUAAUUUGUGCUAGUGCAAGUGAAUACUAGAAAGGAUUUAAAAUGGUGAAAGAGACAACGUAUUACGAUAUUUUGGGGGUGAAACCGAGCUGUACUACAGAUGAACUCAAAAAGGCAUACAGAAAGUUAGCUUUGAAAUACCACCCUGACAAGAACCCCAAUGAAGGUGAACGCUUCAAGCAGAUCUCACAAGCCUACGAAGUUCUUUCUAAUCCGGAUAAACGGCGAAUUUACGAUCAAGGUGGAGAGCAAGCGUUAAAAGAAGGUGGUGGUGGAAGUGGAUUCUCAUCUCCGAUGGAUCUCUUUGACAUGUUCUUUGGCGGUGGCUUUAGCGGUGGCCGGCGACGUGGUCGUGAACGGAAAGGAAAGGAUGUUAUUCACCAGCUAUCUGUCACAUUAGAGGAAUUGUACCGUGGUGCUGUUAGGAAGCUGGCUCUACAAAAGAAUGUUAUCUGCGAGAAAUGUGAAGGCAGAGGUGGCAAAAAGGGUUCAGUGCAAACAUGUCCGACUUGCCGAGGCACAGGUAUGCAGGUCCAGAUCCAGCAACUUGCCCCGGGUAUGAUACAGCAAAUCCAAACUGUGUGCUCUGAUUGCCGUGGCAUGAGGGAGAUCAUUGAUCCUAAAGAUCGCUGCAAAGUCUGCCAGGGACGUAAAACUGUACGAGACCGUAAAAUUCUUGAAGUUCAUGUUGACAAAGGUAUGACAGAUGGACAGAAGAUUAUCUUCAGUGGAGAAGGCGAUCAGGAACCAGAAAUGGAGGCUGGAGAUCUUAUUAUAGUCUUAGAUGAGAAAGAACAUGAGUUAUUUAAACGUUCCGGAAAUGAUCUGAUCUUACGCUUAAAUAUAGAGCUUGUGGAAGCUCUAUGUGGCUUCCAGAAGGUUAUUAGAACUCUUGAUGAGAGAGAUAUUGUGGUGACUGUGAUGCCCGGAGAGGUCAUUAAGCAUGGUGAAGUAAAGUGUGUCCUUAAUGAAGGUAUGCCUAUGUAUAAGAAUCCAUUUGAAAAGGGCCAACUGAUUAUUCAAUUCUUAGUUAAUUUCCCCAACACUAUUCCGCCUGAAGUCAUUCCCGCGUUAGAGAACUGCUUGCCGCCGAGACCAAGGAUUGAAAUCCCUGAAAUGGCUGAAGAGUGUCAUCUUAUCGAGCUGGACCCUGAGCAAGAGAACCGUCGGCGGCGCGCGCACCACGCCGCCUACGAGGAGGAUGAUGACCAUCCCGGCAUGAACCGCGUGCAGUGCGCCACCGGAUAACUGCAGCGCCACACCGCGCCACACCGCGCCGCACCGCAUGGACCUCCCGCAUGGUGCACUACCAUAAGCUUUAUGUUAGGUUAUGUUCACUAAAUGUAUUGUAAGCCAACUAAGCUCCCAAUUUGCUAUAUAGUCAUUGAAGUUCUAACUUUGGCUAUUUUAAUGCCAUUCGCUAUGAAGACGCAUUGUUUCAGUCUAUCAGAAAGACGUCUACAUUAGACAUCUCGGUGUUCCGCUGCUCGUUUUGCACCUUCUC